GAGAGAGAGAGAGAGAGAGAGAGAGAUGGAAUGGAGGAAAUGUUAUUUGGAUGUGAUCCUUGUACCAUUAGGUUUUCUCUUAACCAUUUCCUAUCAUCUUUAUCUAUGGCAUAAGGUUCGGACACAGCCUUUCACAACUACAAUCGGAAGAAAUGCACACGGAAGACGUUUCUGGGUCGGAGCCAUGAUGAAGGACAUUGAUAGGAAGAAUAUUGUGGCAGUUCAAACCCUCCGGAACUUGAUCAUGGGUUCAACCCUGAUGGCUACUACAUCAAUCCUGGUCAGUGCUGGUCUAGGAGCAGUAAUGAGCAGCACAUACAGUGUGAAAAAACCUGUCAACGACACCAUUUAUGGGGCACAUGGGGAAUUUAUGGUGGCACUAAAAUAUGUAGCACUCCUCACAGUUUUUCUUUUCUCAUUCUUCUGCCACUCCCUAUCGAUUAGGUUCUUAAAUCAAGUGUGCAUCCUCAUUUGUGUCCCACAAGAGCCUAUGUGCAUGGUUACUGCAGACUAUUUGACUGAGCUUUUAGAGAAGGGUUCUCUUUUAAACACUAUUGGCAAUAGGCUAUUCUAUGCGGCAAUUCCUCUUCUACUUUGGAUUUUUGGGCCUGUCCUAGUUUUCUUAUGCUUUGCUGCAAUGGUGCCUGUGUUCUACAACCUUGACUUUAUUAUGUGUAACUAUGGGCAGGGAAAGGUGGAGGAGAAUGGAAAUAAGGAGUUUGUUUGAUUGAUUGAUCAGUAUAUAUAUAUAUAUAUAUAUAUAUAUAUAUAAGAAUAUCAAUUGUAGCCAAAGUUAAUAUAUAUAUAUAUAUAUAUAUAUAUAUAAUAAGAAAACAGUGUACGUACACUACACUGCUCGCUCGCUCGAUCCCUGUAGCACUACUACCUUCUUAUGCAAGAACAAGGUAGAAGUUGAGGUUGUCGGUCCAUAUGUAUAUGUCGUUUGGCAAUAUAAGGAACUCUAAUUUGUCCAUAUAUAUAUGCA